GCUCUCUCUUUUUCCAAAAAGAACCAAAGAAAAUGAGUACUCAAAUCCUCACUAAAAAAGUUAAUCUUGAGAAUGAUCUUAAAGAACAUUUUCCAAUAAAAGAUAAAAUUUCUCGAAUUUUUCCUGAUACAAAUGUUCAUGCCAUUUCAGUUGAUUACGAUGAAACUCCCUCAAAUAAUCAAUCUAUACUUAAACAAACAAUGACUUCUCACGGACUAGCUGCUGGGAUUCUUCAUGCUUAUAACCAUCAUCAACACUUACGACUAACACCUGAUGAUAUUUGGUUAACUAUCGCACAAGGAGUUAGUCAUCACAUUAAUUAUAAUGCAGAAAGAUUUCGUUUUCGCUUUGUUAGCCACGAAGGUAAAAAAGAGAUUUCUAUUUUAGCCAAUGAUAUUUUGCAUAUGAAAGAUUCUCGCCUUGAAGGUGAUUGGCCCGAAGUAGUAAAUAGGUUGGUCGUGCAAACUGAUCAAGCUGUAGAAAAAAUUGAUAUAAAAUCUCUUUUAGAAUGUGAUUUUUCUACAACAACAAAAAUUUCUCUUACUGCUAGUCGUAUCGUUCUAUUGGAUAUGGUCAAAGCGUAUUUUUCAUAUAAAGUGUGUUUACUUUGUGGGAUUCCUAAAGUUACUCUCGAAGGUACUUUAGAAGAUUGGACAAAAUUACAAGAGAAAGUCAUUCAGUUACGUCAAUUGGAUUUAGAUAUGGAUUUUUGGUUAGAUAGAUUGGAUCCAGUUGUAUGGAAAUUAGUUGAAACUUAUAAAGGUGAAGUUGACGAAGAAUUUUGGGCAACAAUCGCCUCAAGACAACAAUUUGGUUCGGGUCCUAGGAAUAUUAAUGGAUGGAUGAUGGCCUUCUAUCCUUAUGAAAGAGAUGGAACAAAAAUAGUUUAUAAUUCAAUUGAACCAGAUGAUAUUCCUGAUGGAAGAGUUGCUGUUCCAUUUACGACUGAUACUGGAUUAAAUUUAAAAUUUAUUGCUGGAUUUUUGGGUGCGCAACAAGCAACUUUUGAGAAUUCUAAUGAAAUAGCUGUUUCACCAGUCAUCGGUUGGUUUGUUAUUGAUGACAAAACUACAGAGGAAAAUGCAGAUAAUGAAUGAAUUGUUAGGAGAGAGAAGCUAGUUUAAUUUAUAUAACUUUUAAAUACUACUACAAAAAAUUUUUCCUUCAUAUGUAUAAUUUUUUUUUUAUUUUUUAAACCAAUAAAGAGCGUUAAAGAAAAGCCAACAAUUAUCUUGUUUUUUCGGCAAAGCUGAUUAUUUUAGCAUGUGUUUCAACUUAGAAAAUUAAAAAUCAAAAUCAAUUUAAAUCGGGGCCUUAAUAAUUGCUGAUAUUUGAAUUUUAUCCAAGAAAGGAAGAAAGGAAAGACCUACGUGAUUAUUCUACGCGUUCAAAUCGCUGAAAUGCUGAAUCGAUAAGUAUAUUCAAGU